AUGGCGAAGAAAGAGAAACAGGCAGAGCCGUGUACGAAGGAAGCAAAGGUCAGGCCCGACUGGCCUCCUCUGCGCCCUCUGCCACCUACGUCCGGCCUCUCGCUCACCCCGAUCCUGCCAUCCCAGAUCUACAUCGUCCGGAAGCUCUUCUCCUCCGCCCUAUGCAAGGCCUACAUCUCCUUUCUCUCCACCCUGCCUCUCGCCACGACGCCGGGGAGACCGAAGAAAGACGAAGCCCUGCGCGUCAACGACAGGUUCCAGGUCGACGACCCUGCUUUUGCUGAGCGGCUGUGGUCCGGCACCGGUCUGAAGCAGCUGGUCGGUCGAGGUCGGGCUGACGGCGAGAGCGGAGCCGCAGACUGGGACGGAGAGGUGUUGGGUUUGAACCCGAAUAUUCGAGUAUAUCGAUAUACCGAGGGCCAGUUCUUUGGACCGCAUUACGAUGAAGCUGUUCCGGUGAGCUUUGGGACACCCCCCGUCCGGGCCAGGACGAGCUGGACGCUGUUGAUAUAUCUCAGUACGUGCUCCGGCGGGGAGACGGCGUUCUACCCUGAACCUGCAGCCGGAGCAGGUCGUAGGAAGGGCAAAGUCGUGGAGCCGGUAGUGGUGGGUAUGGAAGCCGGCAUGGCCCUGUUGCACCGGCACGGCGACGAGUGUCUACUGCAUGAAGGACGAGAGGUGACUGGUGGAGAGAAGUGGGUGAUUCGAAGUGAUUUGGUAGUUAAACGAUAG